AUGAGCCCAUUUUCUGUGACUAACUUUCGAACUUUUCUUCCAACGGGCUGUCCCACCAAUCUUCUCUAUUUCUAUUCUAUCUCUUUUCUAAUCACUACUUCUUCGUUAGUAUAUUCUUUACCUGCCACCUCAUCUGCCCGCAAUGCUUCUGACUAUGUUCUUCGUAACGUCUUCGAAAAUCAAGAUCAGUGCUACAAGGACUCAUUUGUCUAUGUCAAAGACGUAGAUGCCGGGAAAUCCAAGCUCUUCACAACCUACCCAACGACAAAAGAAUGCUCAAAUCGACUAAAGUUGAAUGGUAAGUUAGUUAGGAGAAUCUUCCAGUUCCACUAUGAAGAAGCUUCAGAUCUUCCUGAUAAACUUCCCACUUGUCCUCCAGGAUUAGUCGAUUUAGAGGUAAUUCCAGCGUAUUUUGGAUUAUCACAGCUCAGUUAUCCCUAUGCCAAUUUGAACAUUUCGGUUAUGGCACAUUCUCCUGUAGACACAAUCGCUUUCCGUCUCCAUUGCCUUCAUGCAUCCGAUGGAUCAGACGUGUAUUGCUCUGACUUGAAGGAUAUGUAUAUAAAUGGAGUGAAAGAAUGGCCGUGUCGUGCAAUUCAACUAUCCACAAAGGUCCAGUAUCCGGCAAGGUUUUCAUAUGCAUGCUUUCGACUGACGUCAUACUCCGUCUACGCCAUCAAUGCUACAGUGCUACCUCAAAAAUGUAGAGUCACAACUAUAGUCACGGCUCCCCGGUUCGAAGAGUUGUACCCUGACAUGCUUGUCGAUCCAUCAAUCAGUAAAAAGGAAAUCGCUACAAAGGAUCCAUUCUGGGCGCCCAUGAUUGCUGUAGAUUUUAGCGAUGAAAAUGCUAUUUGGAUUCGGUUGGGAAAAGCACCAAGAGCAGAAUGUGAUACUAUAAAUGUCAAUGUUUACAAAGAGCACGAUGAUGAUUCUGAAAAGGUGAACUUCGUCGCUGCACUGUCAAUCAAGUGUCCAGAAACCGCUAUAAAGUGGGAAAAUCAGAAAGCUGGAAAGUAUCUUCUGUCCGCCUACGUACUAAUUCGAGGAUGUAAAUUUAUCUGCGAACCAAAUGCUCGUGGCUGCACUCAAUGCUUCCGAACGCAUCUCAACCUCGUAAUUCAUGAAACACGAGCUUCGUUGACCUGGUUAACAGUGCAGAAGAUCAAAGACUACGGUCUCGAAAUUUUCUUAGCCAUUGUUAGUAUACUGUCGAUUGGAUGCGUCGUGGUUAUAGUCGCUGUUAUAGUUUUCCUUCAUAAGAAGAGACAAGAAGCAAAUCGUGUUCAAGAAAUUCGGUUAUCAGAUUUUGUGAAAACAAUGCUGGUGUAUGCUGAUGAUAGUGAACUACAUACGAACUGUGUCAAACAUCUCGUCGAUAAUCUCAGACAUUGUUCUACUGUUGAACCUAUCUUCGAUUUAGAAAAACUUAUCACAGCAGAGCAAGUUGUACCGUCUCGUUGGCUCAUUGAGCAACUCAGCACUCUUCAGAAAUUCAUUAUCGUCAUAUCGGACUGUGCUGUCCGAAUCCUCGACUCAGAAGCAUCCGAAACUCAUCAUCUAGUGCAGUCGCGUCCCUUUUCAGACCUCUUCGGACCAGCCAUGGACAUUAUCAUAGGAGAUGCUACUCGGAGACCAGAAGAAGCUCGUAAAAAAUAUGCAAUCGCCAGAUUUGAAAUUUCCCCAGAAGUUCCAGCUAAUCUCGCAAUCCUUCGACUUCCUACAUUCAUUCUUCCAAAAGAUUUUAGUCGUCUGACAGCGUUCUUGCACAGUUUGGAUUAUGGAGAAACUUUUAACAUCACCUCAAACAUAUCCAAAUGUCGUCUUGAUGACUGGGCACUGGCUAUCUACCGAACGACAAUUUUCACUCGUGAAAAUCCUAAUUGGAUUGAUACAAGGUGGAAGCCAAAAGAUGAGCAGGAUGUCAUGAACUUGAAGCGGGAAACACCAGUGACAUUUACUUAUUCCAACGAGGAAGGUCGAAUUGCUGCAUCGAAAAAGUUCAAUUUGAUUCCACCAAAAGAAGGUAGUGAAGUAGAUGAGGUGGAGGAAGGAGAGAUCUCACAGAAAGAAGCCUCGGCUCCCGAUGACGAGACAGCAUUUUUGAUAAAACCACCAGCCCUUGAUGACAUAUCUGAUUCCGACGAAGAUGAAGAAGAAGAUCAAGGAUCCAAUACUAUCGUAGCACUCUGA